UGUACGCGGGAAUUCAGUGAGCGAGUUGGACGGCGGAGAAGAUGAAGGUGGUCACUUGUGAAAUAGCCUGGCACAACAAAGAGCCGGUGUACAGCCUGGACUUCCAGCACAGCUCAGACGGACGCUUCCACCGCCUGGCCACAGCUGGAGUGGACACCACAGUCAGGCUGUGGCGGGUGGAGACGGGUCCAGAUGGGAAGGCAGCGGUGGAGUUUCUGUCUAAUUUAGUAAGACACACCAAGGCGGUCAACGUGGUGCGAUUCAGCCCCGACGGACAGCUGCUGGCUUCAGGAGGAGAUGAUUCAGUGAUUUUGCUGUGGAAACUCAACGACUCCAAGGAGCCCGAGCAGACGCCCCUGUUUCAGGAUGAUGAAGACGAUCAACUCAAUAAGGAGUGCUGGUCUGUAGUCAAAACGCUAAGGGGUCACAUAGAGGAUGUUUAUGACAUCUCGUGGACCCGAGAUGGAAACUUCAUGAUCUCAGGAUCUGUUGACAACACCGCCAUUAUGUGGAACAUCAACAAAGGGCAGAAGCUGUGCAUCUUGAAUGACCACAAGAGUUACGUGCAGGGCGUGGCCUGGGACCCUCUGGGCCAGUACGUCGCCACGCUCAGCUGUGACAGGGUGAUGCGUGUGUACAGCACACACACCAAGAAGAAGGCUUUCUGUGUCAGUAAGAUGAGCCCCGGGCCUCAAGCGGAUGGAGAGGCGAAGCAGUACAGAAUGUUCCAUGACGACAGCAUGAGGUCCUUCUUUCGGCGUCUCUCGUUUACACCUGAUGGGUCGUUCCUGCUCGCCCCUGCCGGAUGCGUGGAGCUGGGAGAAAGCAUCAUAAACACCACCUACAUCUUUUCCAGGAAAAGUCUAAAGAGGCCCAUUGCGCACUUGCCGUGUCCAAAUAAAGCGACCCUGGCCGUGCGCUGCUGCCCCGUCUACUUUGAGCUGAGGACCAAAAAGGGAGAAGAUGGCUCCGUUCAGCCGCUCCCCAGCGUGUUCCAGCUGCCGUACAGGAUGGUGUUCGCGGUGGCGUCGGAGGACUCCGUCCUCCUGUACGACACGCAGCAGACGCUCCCGUUCGGCCUGGUGUCCAACAUCCACUACCACACGCUGAGCGACCUGACGUGGUCCUGUGACGGCUCCUUCCUGGCCGUGUCGUCCACAGACGGCUACUGCUCCUUCCUGUCCUUCUCUCCGGGGCAGCUGGGGACGCCGCUGAAGGAGCCGCCCGCCCUGGAGCUCUUUGUCCCCAACAGCGGCGAGAAAAAGGGCAAGAAGGCGUCGGCCACCAAGAACUCUUCUCCCGCGCCGCAGCCGGCCAGCUCGGUCCAGACGCCGCCGCCGCAGCCCGUCGCGGCCAAAGACGGCCGCUCCGUCACGCCCCCGGAGGACAAGAAGAGCGUCACCACCCCCAAAUCCAAACCCCAGCCUCGGAGGGUCACCCUCAACACGCUGGAGGGCUGGGGGAAGACCGCCGCCCAGAAGACCAGCACUCCGCCCGCAGCGCAGACCGCCACGUCCCCUCCGCUGACCCCCGUUGACCCCUCCAGGACCCAGCCACGCAUCCUCCAGACCACCCCCAAGAGCUCAGCCACCCCCAAGGGCCCCGCCAAGGGCCCCACCCCCAGGAGAGUUUCUCUGACCCCCGUUGCUGCUCGAUCUUCAGCCUUGGGAGCACUUUUCGCCUCUCCCUCCUCGGAAAAGGCCAAACAUGAGCGUCCCUCUCCUCCCACUGAUCCACUGUGCCAACCUCCGGAGUCCAAACGGCUCCGGACCGGCGGAUCUCCAGGGAAGACCGAGGAGCCUGAGAAUUAGCGUCAGUCUGGAGCGAAACGAUACGACACGAUGCGAUCGGAGCGGAGCGGCGGCGAAGAGCCUCCAGGGUGAAACCGCCAUGGCUUCCUGUCGGCGUCACGCCGCCGUCGUGCAGCAGCAGGGUCGAUACUCGCUCUGAGUGGAGGGUUCGACUCUCCCUGCUCUCCCCUGAAGCCAGUCGGCCACAGUGAACCCCUUCUCUUGUAGUGUUUUAUAUCGUAUAGUAAACAGGUAAUUAGUUCAUUGUAUUAUAUUUGCUGAACCAGAAAAUUAUCACUUUUUUUUAUCAAACAUAUGUACUUGUGAUAAUAAAAAAUGUGCUCUAUAAAACAAAAAAAAAACUAUUUUAAGGGUUUUGACUUUGUGAUGUUUGAAUUAUGACU